AUGAAGUCAAAAGAAGCUCACAUAAUCAUGAACCUUCAAGUGACAUAUCCGGACAUUCCUCUUGUCGUCGUUUGUCAAAGAAAGAUCACGAGCAUUCAAGAAAUGACUAGAUUGGGAAUACCACCACGGCAAAUUCUUUCUUCAAUUAGACAAUCCAAUCCAAAGCUUCAAACGGUGUCAAAAACAAUUUUUAAUAUGAAGGGGAAAAUUCAGAAGGACAACUUGGCAAGACGAACUAUGAUCCAAACAUUAUUUGAAGAGCUUUGUCAAGGUGAUUUUACUUUCGACGUUGCAUAUGAUCAAAAUGGCCAUUUGACACAUCUAUUUUUUGCACACCCUUCUUCAAGCAUAUUAACCAAAAGCUAUAUAAAUGUCUUCGUGAUGGAUUGCACCUAUAAGACAAAUAAGUACAAGAUGCCACUACUUGACAUAAUUGGAGUUUCAAGUUUUAACAAUUCAUUUUACUCUUGUUUUGCCAUUUUGGAGAAAGAUGGAGAAGGAGAUUAUAUUUGGGCUUUGCACAAUUUAGCAAGAUAUUGGGCAUUCAAUGAAGCUUCGAAAUUAGUUGAGCUAUUGUACAAGGAUAAGGAAAAAGUGCUCUGCUAUAUUCGAAAGACAUGGCUUCCAUUCAAAGAGCGAUUUGUGCAUGCAUGGACUGAAAAUUGUGCUCAUUUUGGAAAUCAUGUUUCUUCGAGGGCAGAAGGUGCACAUGGGAAAUUGAAGAAAUAUUUACAAGUUUCAACAGGUGAUCUCUAUCAAGUGAAGAACAAGAUAUGCCUUGCCAUUGAAAAUGAAUUUAAAGAGAUAACGACUCAACUCUCAAGUGAGAGGAUCCGAAUUCCUCACAACUGCAAUAAUUACUUCUUUAAGGAGUUGAUCCCCAAAGUGUCGUCAUUUGCUUUGUGGAAACUAGUCGAUCAAUAUGAGAUGUUGAAGCAUGGUACAAUGAAAUCAACAUGUACGGGACACUUCAUGGAAAGUAUGGGUCUUCCUUGUGCAUAUAAGAUGAUUGAUUGGAAAGGUAAGGUGUUACCGCUUGAUGCAAUACACUCGCAAUGGAGGAUUGAUAUGAGAUCCUUUGCUUUUUCUGAUGGGGGAGAAACUAGGUUGAAUGGGCAAGAAUUCAAAAGGUUAGUUCAUGAGUUAGAAAAUAAAAACAAAGAGUGGACUGCAAGCCAAAGAGAACGUGUUCAAGAGAGAAUUUCUCAACUUGUAAGUCCAUCACUACCAUUGGUUAUUAAGCCAAAUAUUCUACCACAUAAAGGACGUCCAUCGGGGUCAAAGAAAGUUAAGGAAUCUAGUUCUACGAGGCGGAAUGCAUCAAAAUUUGAGAUUGUGGAUGCAACACGAAAGUGUAGCAUUUGCAAAGGUGUUGGUCAUAAUAGUCGAACAUGUAAAGGCAAAUGGGAGGCGAAUGUAUCGAAUUCAACUCAUGCAGCUAAUCUGGACGAUGAUGAAAGUACCAUGAAUGUGCUCGGACCCAAUUCCUACUUCACUCGACUGAUUUUUGUUGGAUUGACCACUUGA